AUGCGGCUCCAGCGCGACCACUACGAAGGCACGGCGUUCGACUUGACGACCGACAAGGCGUCCGGUCCGUACGGCAACCCCGACCGUUACGCCACCGGAUCGGCCGGCGCCGACGGGCAGUUCGAGCGCGCCAUCUCGCUCUUCCGAACUGCGUACUCGUACGUGACGCAGGCGAGCGCGCUGGACCCUCGGCUCGGCGUCGUCUGGUUUGGCCCUUACGCGCCGCACGCGACGACGUAUGUGCCGAUCUAUGCGCGUGUGGAGGCGACGCCCGACGCCACCGCGCGCGGGUCCCUUCGGCGCUUUGACAACCGCACGCUCUUUUGGGCCAACGCGAUCGUUGGCAACUAUGGCGGCCUCUUUUACAAGCUGACGUCGCCCGUCAUUCGCGCAGCCAGCGGCGCGUACGAAGCCGCCGCGCUCGCCGGUACGACGCUCUCUUUCAUUGUCGAGACGAUAAUGCUGCGAUUAGCCCACGCUGCGGUGGCGGCGCAGAUCGCGACGCUGAGUGACGCGGACGCCGUCACGUGCUUGACGCAGACCAGCGCGGACGCGGCGGCCCGCGCGUUGGCGUCCGCGACCGCGCUCUUUGCGACGCUCGUGACGCACUUCCACGACGGCUACGUCGUCUCCAACACGACGGCCGACGAGAUGGGCAUCGCGCCGAUGGGGUACCCCCAGUGGUGGCUGCGCAGCGUGGGCUACAACUACAACGACGGCAACCAAAUUCAAGUCGUUGCCGGCGCGCUCAUGGGCGCUGCGCUCACGAUCGUCGUGCUGGGCGUCGCCGCGGGCUUUGCUGUCGGACGCUACAUUGCGCUCAAGCAGCCGUCCAUCCAGAGAGUCAAGGCCUGA